AUGCUGGUGGACUUUGCGACGUGUGAAGUAGAUGACAUUCGUUCAUCGCUGGACAGGAUUAUCGACGUCUAUGCCAAAUUCCAUACCCGAGCGAAGGACGAAUCGUUGAAUCCGGACUAUGAGUAUACCAUUGUGGGUGGGACCGUCUCUGUGGGACGGAUCUUCCCCUUCUCGCUCAAGGAUGACCUCGCUGUUAUGACCGAGCCAGACGACUGGGUCGCUCUUGACAUGGAGAAGCCCAGCCGCCUAAGCUCCCUGCACUGGAAGGCUUCGAAAGGAAGGCCCCUGGCUGGGGACGAAGUCGAGGUGGAGAUCUACGCAGCCGGCCUGAACUUCAAGGAUGUCUUGGGCGCAUUGGCUGUGGUUCCGUUUCCCGACAAUGGCCUGGGCGUCGAAGCCAGCGGAAUCGUUCGCCAUGUGGGCCCCGACGUCAAGCGGCUGUGUCCCGGAGACCGGGUCAUGCUGCGCGAAGAUGGCACUUUCGCGACCCAUGCCAUUGCCUCCGAGAAGCUCUGUGCGAAGAUUCCCUCGGACCUCUCCUUCGAAGACGCAGCAACCAUGCCGGUCGUGUUUGCUACCGCCAUCUACUCGAUGUUCGAUCUGGGCGGAUUGCAGGAAGGACAGUCGAUCCUGAUCCACAGUGCAUGUGGUGGCGUUGGAAUCGCCGCCAUCCAGCUGGCCCGCAUGGCAGGUGCCACCAUUUAUGCCACGGUAGGGAGUGAGGAGAAGGUACAAUACCUGAUAGAAACAUAUGGGUUGCCGAGAAAUCGCAUCUUCAACUCCCAUGACUCAAGCUUUGUGGAAGGUGUGAUGCGCGAAACCCAAGGCCAGGGAGUCGAUCUGGCUCUGAACUCCCUCUCCGGGGAGCUGUUGCACGCGACCUGGCUUUGCCUUGCUGAGUUCGGGAAGAUGGUGGACAUCGGCAAGCGUGACAUGCUUGGGGCUGCUCGGCUCGACAUGGGCCGCUUCCUGGGCAGCCGCACGUAUUCCUGCUUUUACUUGGACCUGCUGCGAGACAAGCGGCCAUCCGAGUGCAAACGACUUCUCGAACUGAUCAUGACGUACUUCCGAGCCGGUCAUAUCACACCAAUCAGGCCCAUUACGACAUUCGAUGCCUCAGCUAUAGAGGAUGCGUUCCGAUACAUGCAACAAGGAACCCAUCUCGGCAAAUUGGUCAUCCUCUUGCGAAACGCGGAUGGCAGCCCCACGAUCGACCCGACAUUAGUGAAAGCUUCCACGAGCCUCGACUUGGACAGCACCGCAUCCUACCUCAUGAUCGGUGGCCUCGGUGGUCUCGGACGCGCUGUUUCGCGGCGUCUCGUGGAGCACAAGGCCCGCCGUCUAGUUUUCCUUUCCCGGAGCGCGGGCCAGGGUCCGAACGAUAACGACUUCGUCCGGGAGCUUGAGAGCAUGGGAUGCGACGUUCGCCUCGUCCAGGGCAGUGUCACCAACGAAGCUGAUGUCAAACGAGCCAUGCAGCAAGCACCCAACCUGAAAGGCGUACUCCAACUGUCCAUGGUCCUCCGAGACCAAGCGUUCCCCCAUAUGACGCUGGCCGAAUGGAACACCGCGGUUGCCCCCAAGAUCCAAGGAACACGGCACCUCCACAAUGCCACCCAGGCCGCCGGGAUCACCCUCGACUUCUUCGUGCUCUUCUCGUCCACGUCCGGUGUGCUGGGUCUGCCCGGCCAGGCCAACUACGCCGGGGCAAAUACUUUCCUGGACGCCUUCGUCCAGUACCGGACCAAACUGGGGCUGGCCGCCUCCGCGGUCGAUAUCGGCGCGGUCCAGGACAUCGGCUACGUGGCGGAGGACGACGCCCUGCUCCAGCGCCUGAAGCAGACGGGUGCGCACCAUCUUACCGAGUCCGAGCUUCUCGAGGCCGUACUGGCCACGAUGUCUUUCUCCGUGAACCCCAACGCGAUCAAUAAUGUCGACAACGGCCUAGGAUUCGUAGACAAGAAUAAUUUCAUCCUUGGUCUCCGCACAUCCGUGCCCCUCAGCAGUCCCGAGAGUCGCGUGUUCUGGCGAAAGGAUCGCCGUAUGGCGCUAUACCAUAAUUCCGUCGCGAAGACCAACGUACACGAUGUCAGUUCCGACGGUGAUACUCUGCAGGCCUUCCUCGCCCGGACAAAAUCUGACCCGUAUAUAUUGAAGUCCGGGGAAAGCGCUAGUCUGCUAGCAAGAGAGAUCGGGAAUAAGCUGUUCAACUUCUUGCUCAAGACGGGUGAGGACUUGAAUACUUCGCUGCCGCUGUCGCAGCUGGGCAUGGACUCAUUGGUAGGUGUGGAGAUGCGCAGCUGGUGGAGACAAGCGUUCGGCUUUGACAUUACCGUAUUGGAGAUGAUGGGGAUGGGGAAUUUGGAGGGAUUGGGGAAACAUGCGGCGGAGGGGCUCGCAAAGUUGCUGGGUAUCGAGUAA